AGUGAGGCUGCGGCACGAUUACGGUACGUUCGCGGCCGUAAUUAUUUUCGGAGGAUAUUCGCGCGGUGUAAAGACAGAAACCCGCAACGAUGAACAUGUCCGUGGAGAAGAAGAAGUACCCCUCGGCGUUACCGAUCAAUUGGCCCCCGAGGGAAGAACCGUCGAGGAAGAGUCAGAAUCAAUUGGCUUCCCCGGGGAAGGAUUACUAUUACAACCGCGGUGUCAGGAUCAAUGACGCGACUCUGGUGCCGCCGAUCAGGCAAACGGCGUCGAUUUUUAAGCAACCGGUGACGAUCUACAAGACGCAAGAGGGCAAGGUGAAGGAUGUCAAGCAUUGCCCUCAGGAGAAGCCGAAGCAGGAAGGAGCCGAUAAAACUGACGGCAAGUAUGGCUCCCAAGAUAAGCCUAAGCAGCUUUUCUGGGAGAAACGUUUGGAAGGUUUGCGAGCAUGUGACCCCGACGGUUAUGAAUUUGAUGCGAUGGAUCUGCCAAAGAACUUGAAGCCAGUAGGACCAUAUAUCACGGAAGAAACGUUGCUCCAAAGUGUGGCCACUGCAUUGCACGUAUGUACUCAACCGGUCACGGGACAAACGGGAUCAAAGACAGCUUUAGAGAAGAAUCCUGGGGUAUUUCUCAAUCCUGAUCAGCCACUAGUACAGGCGGUCUCGAUAGCGGAUGAGGAUAUAAGGAAACAAGAAGACAGAGUGGCUGUCGCAAGAAAAAAAUUACAAGAUGCCCUACGUGCUUUUCAAACCUAGAUUAUAGGAACUCGGUGCAUUAUUAUAUCACUUGCUCAUUUUUUAGUUUUAAGUUCGUUAUAAAUUAUAUCAUACCACUUUUUGUAAUAAAUGUUUUUAUAAAAAAG